AUGUCAAGGGUUUGGGGCGUUUUGCUCCUUGGCGGCUGGCUGGCGUGGUCAGGAGGAGCUUCUGGCCCGGGAGCUGUGGUCAGGAUGGAUCUCGGAACGAUUGGCCGCGCGGUCUCCACUGCUCUGAAUGAGAGUGAUGUUCUGCAGAAAAUGGCAGAGGAAGCCGCAAAAAAAAAGCCAAACACCAAACCCAUCAAAGGCAUCUCGGGGCUGAAAGUGAAAGAUCUCCGUCCCCCCGUGAUCUCACUGAUGCUUGCGCCGGGCUCAGGGCUUUUCAUGGCCGUCUUAGUCCAAAUGACCAUCACUGGGAGAAGCUUUACCGGAGGAAACGUGGCAAUCCCCCUGGCCGCAAACCUGUCGGCCAGCAGCCGGCUGGGCCAGGGCCCCGUGGGCAGCCCCAGGUUCAGUGCCAGGAGCUGCCACGUCGCCCUCGUCAGCACGAAACCCAACCUCCCCAGCAGCGUGCUGCCCAAAGUCAUGAGCAAGUUUCUGGACAGCACCCUUCAGAAAGUGCUGCCAGGUCUGCUGUGCCCAGCCGUGGAUGCAGUGCUCAACCUUGUGAAUGCAAAAUUCACCACCAUGACUUCCGAGAUCCCUCUCGGGACUGCUGGGACCCUCCAGUACACUUUGCUGAAGCCCCCGCUGACGAGUGAAAUGUUCAUAGAGCUGGAUUUGAAGACCAUUCUCCACCGAAAGGAGGGACAGGAGGUUGACCUUCCCACGGACCAGCCGGCUCUUGCUUCUCUGCCACCUAAGAGGGCUGCUGCUACCCAGCUCAUCCUGUCUGCAAACUUCUUGAGUGCUGAGCUCUCUAUUCUGCAGGAUUCCUUCAACCUCGAGAUCAGCAAUAACAUGGUUCUUGGGCUUCCUCCGCUGGUGACCACGACGCUUGGAGCCCUCAUCCCUGAGAUUUCCAGGGUGCUGCCUCCAUCACAGCCGGUGGUGAUUGAAAUGCGAGAAGCCAAAGCACCAGUGCUGACCAUAACCCCAGACAAAAGCUUUUUGCAGCUCUUCAGCACCGCCGAGUUUCGAGUUCGCCCUUCUGACUCUGCUCCCGCAUCCCUGUUUGUCCUGGAUGUUCACAGCAACCUGGAGGUGCAGUUUGCCAUUGCAGAAGAAAAGCUGCGGCUCUCCCUCGCUCUGCAAAGCCUGCCGCGGGUGGCCUUGGCUUCCUCCUCCCUCGGGACGUUCGAUGAGCUUCCGCUGAAGGGAGUUUUGGCAGAUAUUAUUCACGUGGCCUAUGUGCCAUCGAUCAACAGGGUGCUGCGUGGAGGGGUCCCCCUGCCCGACCUGCUGGGCAUCACCUACCUGCGGGCGAGCCUCAGCCGGGGGGAGAAUGCUCUAGUGCUGGACGUGCCCGUCACGGAGAGCUGAGGCGCGGGGAGGUACGGGUGCAACCCGCCGCUGCUGCGAGGACCCGGCAGGACGGGCUGGGAGAGGGAGCAGCAAGGGUGCUGGGGUUCCUGGGGCGUUUCUUCCUCUUUCCUUGACUUUUCUGUAGUUUGGCUCCACAAGCUGAAAUAAAAAGCCCCCACCAGCCCGCGACAAGGCUCUGGCCUGCCGUGUGCCCAGAGGGGCCAGCUGGG